AUGGAGGCUUUAUCUGCGGAGGCGCCGCAACAUGAUCUUGCCAAAGAGGAGAGGGAAGUGUCUGAAGGUGACAGCGUUCACCUGAGCUUUGGCUACGGCUCAGACUUGACACAGUUUAGCGAUAGGGUGAUUCGAGUGCAUGUGGUUCAGGAUGAUGAUCAGGAAGAACCGUCUUUUGGCACCCGGCUGAAGGAGACGUACCUCAGUCAAAGCCAUGCAGCUUCGAGCGUUUCUGCCACGGGAUCAAACGAACAGUCCGUGGACCUCGAAAUGCAGUCAACUGGAUGCACGACCACGGAGAAAGAACGAGGAUGGUCGUAUGACAUCCCCAUCAGCAGCUUAAUCGUCGCCGCUCAUUCGGAAUACUUCAAGACGAUGCUACUAUCAGGCCUCCAGGAAAGCAGAACGAAAGAGAAACCAAUCGAAGUGACGCUCUGUCCACAAGGCGCGCACUUCUUCAACAUCCUCAUCGAGUUUGCGUACACCCAUCAUAUCCCCCCUGACGUCCGCUCCGAUAAGGAGUCACUCUGCUGCUUGCUGACGGUUGCGGACCGUUUCGAGGCGACGCAGUGCAUGCAGAAGGGCGCCAAGGAGCUGAAGUCAUCACCGACGAGUCUGGAAGAUGCCGUUAUGUACCUGAACCUUCCCGAGACUGUGAAACGGCACCCGGCGCUCCGAGACCUGAUGGACUCGGUAUCCGGACUCACUGGCUGGUCGUUUGAGGACGUUGCCGCUUGCGAUAACUUCUGCGCCAUAACGGAGGCUAGCAUGAUGACACUCGUGAGCCACUUGCGAGUCAGCGACGACCACGUAGAGGCAGUGUUCGCGCUGAUGCUCGAGUGGUUCCGCUUCCGCGGGCCCGAGCGCUGGAGCGGUUUUGAAACGCUCCUUUCUCACCUCGGUUUUUGGCGCAUGAGCCCGUCCUUUGUGAGAGAAGAAGUAGAAGCCUGCCCUGAACUGCGCGGUCGGGAGGGGCGGGCCCUCGUAGAACAGGUAAAAGCGCUAAAAGACCCCUGGGAAGAGGUCAAGGCGGCGGCCGCAUCCCAGGAGUUGGCCGCGCUUCAAGGCGCGGCGAUUGUUGUCGCGGGCGCGGCGCCCGCGGCGGGCGGGCCAGCCGCUCCUGCCAAAGUCGGGCCUGAUCCAGGAAUGGUGUUCUUCAUGAUGUUAGGUGGUCUUGCAGGAUUCAUAGUGCCAUUGAUAUUCGCCACUCCGCAUCAAUCCGGAAGUGUCGAUCUGAUCUGUCUGACCUUUUCUGGAAUCCUGCCUGGUAGCGGUACGGUGAUGGGGAUGAUAAUCGGAUCGCUAUUCGGUCUUAAGCUGAACAGGAGAAGGUAG